CGGCGCCUCCCGAGGGAGCGGCGCCGCCGGCCGAGCGCAGGCCCGGCCAUGACCGACUUCAAAUUGGGCAUCGUGCGGCUCGGCCGGGUGGCCGGGAAGACCAAGUACACACUGAUAGAUGAGCAAGAUAUCCCGCUGGUGGAGGGCUACUCCUUUGAGGCCCGGAUGGAAGUAGACGCAGACGGAAACGGUGCUAAGAUAUUUGCAUAUGCCUUUGACAAAAACCGAGGAAGAGGGUCGGGAAGGCUCCUUCAUGAGCUUUUGUGGGAGCGUCACAGGGGAGGCAUCGCUCCCGGGUUUCAGGUGGUGCACCUCAACGCUGUGACCGUGGACAACCGUCUGGACAACCUGCAGCUGGUGCCGUGGGGCUGGCGGCCCAAAGCCGAAGAGACGUCCAGUAAGCAGAGGGAGCAAAGCUUAUACUGGCUGGCGAUUCAGCAGCUCCCCACGGACCCCAUCGAGGAGCAGUUCCCCGUCCUGAACGUGACCCGCUACUAUAACGCCAACGGGGAUGUGGUGGAAGAGGAGGAAAGCUCCUGUACCUACUACGAGUGCCAUUACCCGCCCUGCACGAUGAUCGAGAAGCAGCUGCGCGAAUUCAACAUCUGCGGGCGUUGCCAGGCGGCCCGGUACUGCGGCUCCCAGUGCCAGCAGAAGGACUGGCCGGCCCACAAGAAGCACUGUCGGGAGAAGAAGCGCCCCUUCCAGCACGAGCUGGAGCCCGAGCGGUGACCGCGCCGCCGGACCUUCCUUGGGCGCGGCAGAUACAGUACGGCGGUCGGCCUGGAGGUGCUGGAGGAGCCGGUGGCUCGCAGCCUGGCAGCCGCCGUCAUGGGGACUUGGUGGGCUCAGCGGUCCCUGUGGUGUUCAGCUCCGAGCACAGACAGCUGGGGAGGCUCCCACUGGGAUGCUUCUCGUUAUUUAUAUGUUAAUAUGUUUGUAAACUCAUGUACAGUUUUUUUGGGGGGAGGCAGUGGGAGGGUUAGAAAUUACAAAUAGAAUCAUUUGCUGUAAUUCUCAAAUGGCAAACGGUCGGGCCACAUGUUUAAAAAGCCUAGAAAGUGUCACGUGACAGAAGCUUCUCUGGGCAGCUGCAGCCCCGGGGAGCGUGGCCUGUCUGGGGUCGCGUCUACAAGGCACAGUAAAGGGGUGGAAUCAUCGAGUGCCUCAGCCGUUCUUCCUUCUCCUUUUUGCCCUCGAUGCUGUUGAGCUUUAUUUCUGAGUGAAUCAAGGUGGUCUAGGGCUGCGGGUGCGGCGUUGCCUUUAUUCCUGGGUUGAGAGAGAGAGGAGGCAGGUGGGCACGGAGUGGGAGACCCAGACCCACGCUUGUCCUGUGGCAGGGGUAGCCGGGGGCGUUGGAGCAGGCGGCCCUGUUUGGCGGGCAUGGAAUGUUCUCAGCCCUGGCGCAGGUAAACUCUCACCUGGAUUCGCGCACUGUGUGGCGGGGCUUCUGCCUGGCCGAGCUCCAGAGGUCCUGCCUGUGUGCUGGAGUAACCAGGGUGAGAGAGUGUUGCUUCCCCAUCUGCUCUGCUGGGUUUCCUCCCCCUUCAGGAGCCCAGGGUCUGAAGGCUGGGCAGGGCCUCUUACACCUUGCCGAACCACUUUAGGGCAAUAAGCCAGGCUCCGUGCCUAGGAACUUACUGGUUUCCAGAUCCAGCCAGCCCACCAGAGGCUUUACUUCCUGGGAGAAGGAAGGCUGGCCAUUCCACCUCCGAGCAUGUAUCCGGGGCUGUCCCUUUCCCCGUGUUGGUCCCAAGGGUUGCUGCCACACUUUCCCUCAUGCAGGUCUUCUGCCAUCUUCCAGUGUGUCCCAUUUGCCUUGUGUGUGCUCAUUUCCUUGUCUGGGGACAGACUCUUGGUGUCCUUGGUGAGUUGAGCUUCUGGUAGGUUCUUUUGCAGUCCUUGGGCAGUACGUCUUGGAGAGCCAGACUGGGGCAGUCAGGUGAAGGCAACCUACAGGGCGCAGGAGGGACCCUUCCGAACCCCGAGGGGCCGCUGUGAAGGUGAGAACCCCGCCUGGUGCCGCUGGCAGCGUGAGUGCUGCUUUCUGGGUCAGGGAUGUCC